AUGGGAGACCUCAGUCAAGACUUCCCGUCAUGCACGGAAGAAAUCACCAUUGUCGAGCUGAGAGCUGAACACUAUCAAGACGGGUUCGGGAUAUUCCACCCUGCACCCAGACUCUCUUGGCGAUUUGCCGCAACCACCCUCCGCGACUGGAGGCAGUCAUCUUAUGAGAUUGUCAUCAAGCGGCGAGGAAAGACAGAGUCUUUCCGAGUUGAGUCGUCCAAAUCUUCACUUGUGCCGUGGCCGUCAACGGCGUUGGCUUCAAGAGAAAUCGUUCACGUCAGCAUACAAGCCACCGGCGCGAACGGAGUGAAGACUGGCUGGGCGGAGCUUACAUUGGAGGCUGCCCUCUUGAAGCGAGGCCAUUGGGAGGCAGACUUGAUAAGUGGUCCUCUUCAAGAUGUCGACAAGCCCAAGCCGCCAUUUCGCAUGAGAAAGACCUUCGCAUACGAGGGCGGCCCAGCCCGUUUGUAUGCUACCGCCCAUGGUAUCUACCAAGUAGAAAUCAAUGGCCAGGUGGUUGGCGAUCAAGUGCUUUCUCCCGGGUGGCAGUCAUAUCGACACCGACUCCACUACCAAACGUAUGACGUUACGAGAUAUUUGCUUCCAGGACGCAAUACGAUCGGAGUGUAUCUGGGCGAAGGCUGGUUUGCUGGCAGGCUCGGGCGACCAGGAGUCUCCAACAUAUGGGGGGACCGUCUAGGAUUUCUGGGUCAGCUUGAGGUCAAUGGGCAGGUUCUUUGCCGAACUGACCACACCUGGGAAGUCCUCGUCGACGGUCCUGUCCUUAGCUCCGAGAUUUACAACGGCGAAGUCUAUGACAGCAAACAACAUGACGCAUUGUGGUCUACCCCCAAGGCACCUUCCAGCAAGCUCUACCUUGCAGCCGAGGUUCUCCCAUUUCCAGAGGCCGUUUUGAUAGCACCUGAAGCGCCCCCUGUUCGUCGCAUCCUAGAGCUACAGCCGCAAAAUAUCAUCACAACACCCAGCGGGAAGAAAGUCCUGGACUUUGGGCAGAAUCUGGCUGGUUGGCUUAGGGUGAAUAUUGACAUCCCUGGGACGGGAACUGUUACCAUUCGCCAUGCAGAGGUCAUGGAACAUGGUGAACUAGGAACGAGGCCCCUGAGGACGGCCAAGGCAAGCACCGUGAUACACCUGGGAGGUCAGACGCGUGGGUAUGAACCCAAGUUUACAUUCUAUGGCUUUAGGUACGCGGAAGUGACAGGUUACGACGCCUGCAGUCUCUCCGACUUCACCGCUGUUGUGAUUUCUUCAGAUCUACGCAGAACUGGGACAUUUGAAUGCUCCCAUGAUCAUGUGAACAAGCUUCACGAAAAUACUGUAUGGUCGAUGCGGGGAAACUUCAUCUCUGUCCCUACGGAUUGCCCCCAGCGUGACGAGCGACUAGGGUGGACAGGCGAUAUUCAGGUCUUCACUCCCACCGCAAGCUUUCUUUACGAUACCGCGGCGUUCAUCGGAGGCUGGCUCCAGGACGUCGAGGCCGAUCAGAAAGGCCUGGGAGGGGUCGUUCCCACUGUUGUUCCCAGCAUUCCUAUGCCCCCCAAGCACAAUGAAAAUAAGGCCAUGGCGGCUUGGGGUGACACUGUGGUCCUCACACCGUGGGAUCUAUACCAGUUCUUUGGAGACAAACAGCAUUUACGAAAGCAAUGGGAGAGCAUGAAACUGUGGCUCGACAAGGGGAUACCUCGUGAUGAACGGGGGUUUUAUUCCACCGAGAUGCCUCAGUUCGGCGAUUGGCUUGACCCUCGGUCUCCGCCUGCUCUUCCUGGGCACACACCCACUGAUCCGUACUUGGUUGCCAACGCCUAUUUGGUUCAUGUCACUGAAGUUGCUUCCCAAGUCGCUGAUCGGUUGGGCGAGCUGGAAGAUGCGAAACGCUAUCGAGACGAAGCGCAGAGGCUACGCAAGUUGUUCCGAGACGAGUACAUUUCGCCCAAGGGAAGGCUUUCGUCAGACACACAGACGAGCUAUGUCCUGGCUCUUCACUUUAAUCUCCUAGAUAGCGAGGUUGAGAUACAAACUGCGCGGUCCAGACUUGACUGGCUAACCCGAUGGGAAGCCUUCAAGAUCAACACAGGGUUUGUGGGGACGCCGCACAUCCUACCUACCUUGGCCAAUGUCCACAUGAUGGGCACAGCGUAUAGGAUGCUGCAGGAACGUGACAGUCCUAGCUGGCUAUAUCCCAUCACGAUGGGCGCAACCACGAUUUGGGAGCGAUGGAAUUCGAUGCUCCCCGACGGUUCCAUCAAUCCGGGCCAAAUGACGUCUUUCAAUCACUAUGCUCUGGGCGCCGUGUGCCAUUUUCUUCAUGCAUACGUGACUGGCUUAUCUUCAGCCUCACCUGGUUGGGAGUCCGCCACCAUUCGUCCACGACCUGGUGGUACAAUCCGAUGGGCUCGGGCCACGUACGACUCCCCCAUAGGGCCAUACAGUGUAUUUUGGACGUGUGAAUCCAGCGUCAUGAAGACGAGUGUAUCGAUUCCUCCAAACGGCGAAGCACGGGUAGUUCUGCCCGGGAUUGAUGUUGUCGUUGGCAGUGGAAAGUAUUCUUAUGAGACGGAGUGGCAUGAGGAUUUGACAUGGCCGCCACAGGUUAUCCAGGGAGCUCAGGGAGCACCUGUUGAGGCUACGUAUGUUCCAUGA